UUUGUUUUGUUUGUGAAUCAGAGAAGGUCUGAAGUUCAUGUGAGAGGGAUCCAUCCACCUUUUCUGAACAUUCACUGAUGCCAUUUUCAUUACUGCAAAAUGGAAAUUCUGUUCGGAUUAUACACUCUGGGGAGCAUAACCUUCAUCAUCCUGCUUAUUCUUCUGAUGUAUACGUUACAUUCUCCAAUUAAAAGCUACAUACAUAAAUGGAGGGAGAUGAAGCCAAUUCCUGGAAUGGAAGGCGCUUUCCCAUUCAUUGGGAAUGCUUUGCAGUUCAAAGCCAAUACAGGAGAUUUUUUCAACCAGAUUAUUGAGGGGACUAAUGAAAACAGACACAGGCCUCUCGUGAAGGUCUGGGUGGGACCCAUCCCCUUCCUGGUUUUAUUUCAUGCAGAGACAAUUGAGGCUGUCCUCAGCAAUUCCAAGCAUCUAGAUAAAUCUUAUCCUUAUAGAUUUCUGCACCCUUGGCUUGGCACGGGCUUACUCACCAGCACAGGAGACAAGUGGCGCAAUCGACGCAAAAUGCUGACCCCAACAUUUCACUUCUCUAUCCUCACUGACUUCCUCGAGGUGAUGAAUGAACAGAGUGAAAUUUUGAUCCAGAAGAUGCUGAAACAUGUAGACGGAGAACCAUUUAACUGCUUCAGCUACAUUACGCUUUGUGCCUUGGAUAUUAUAUGCGAAACAGCAAUGGGCAAAAGAAUCUAUGCACAGAGUAAUGCUGACUCAGAAUAUGUCCAGACUGUGUAUAAGAUGAGUGACAUCAUCACCCGGAGACAGAGAGCACCAUGGUGGUGGCCUGACUGGAUUUAUAAUAUUUUUGGAGAGGGUAAAGAGCAUGCAAAAAGACUCAAGCUUUUACACUCCUUCACUGUGGGUGUGAUCAAAGAGAGAACAGAGCAUGUGAGUGAAGGAUCUGACAGUGAGUCUGACCAUGGCCUGAGAAAGAGAAGGGCCUUCUUGGACAUGCUGUUGAAAACAAGAGAUGAUGCUGGUGCUGCGAUGAGCCAUGAGGACAUUCAGGAGGAAGUGGACACCUUCAUGUUUGAGGGGCAUGACACCACUGCAGCUUCCAUGAACUGGGCUUUACAUCUGAUAGGCUCUCAUCCAGAGGUCCAGAAGAAAGUACAGGCUGAGCUACAGGAGGUGUUUGGUUCAUCACAGCGUCACGUGGGAGUGGAGGACCUAAAAAGACUGCGGUACCUGGAGUGUGUCAUCAAGGAAAGUCUGCGAAUCUUCCCUGCAGUGCCACUGUUUGCACGCAGCAUCUGCGAGGACUGUCACAUCAAUGGUUUCAAAGUUCCAGAAGGUGUAAAUGCUGUGAUCAUCCCAUAUGCUCUCCAUCGCGAUCCUCGUUUCUUUCCGGAGCCUGAGGAGUUCAGACCUGAGCGCUUCCUUCCAGAGAACAGCACAGGAAGACACCCAUACGCAUACAUCCCAUUCUCUGCCGGUGCUCGGAACUGCAUUGGCCAGCGCUUUGCUAUGAUGGAAGAGAAGGUGGUUCUUGCCACCGUGUUGCGUCACUUUGAUGUGAAGGCAUGUCAGAGUCGGGAAGAGCUGAGACCCCUGGGGGAGCUCAUACUCCGUCCGGAGAAGGGCAUCUGGAUCCAACUAGACAAGAGGACCAACUAAACCCGAGCCUUGUCUUGUAUGAAACUUGGUUGGUUCUUCGGGAAUGAGGUACAGAGAUUUUGCCUGUUGUUUGUCUGCAUAAACAAAAUGUAUGUCAUAGGAAAUCUUUUGUACUUCUGUAGACUUGGGGUCACUUCUUUGUGUACUUCACUGCAUCCAGUAGAAAUUUACAGUUUCCAUGCUCUCAGUAUCCUACAGUGAGAAGUGUGUACUCUUUUCUAUGGCACACUGUAUAUCCAUGAGUUAACACAGACAAUUCUUUAAAAAAAAAAAAGUAUUGAAUGUAUCAGAUGAAUAUAACAAUUAAUAAUACUAAAUGAUACUAUUAAAGAUUGUAAACAUUUGUUCAAUAUCAUUGUUAUUAUCUAAAUGAAGAAUUUGGGGGACAUCUGUUAUACUGUAGCAAAACUUUCACUGACAGUGUGUGAAGGAGUGGGCCAUUUUCGUGGCAUAUACUUAGUUUUGAACAUUGGCGGGGUUGACGUGCAUGGGUAUGCUUCCCAAUUUUUUUUAAUAAAAUAAAAUAAAUAAAUAAAUUUGAAAAAUAAUCACCUUUGUUAUAUCUGCAGUGUCAUUACAUCAUAUCUCUCUAGGUAUCUGUCCAACUAUCUAUCUAUUUAUCUUUGUCCAAACAUAGCCAUUAAAGAUUUUCACUUGGGCCAGUACCAGUGGAAAAAUCCAGGAUGGAAACAGGAAGUAAAAAGAAUGAAUAGGGGGAUGAGUUGCCUAGCAGUGAUUUGAGGAGGUUCACACUGGAUGCAUUGAUUAUAUUGAAGUUUCACAUUACCUCAGAACAUUUAGAAGAACAAGAAUUUCCUUCAUGGGAUCUAUAAAGUAUCUAUCUAUCCAUCCAUCCAUCCAUCCAUCCAUCCAUCCAUCCAUCCAUCCAAAUAAUAACAUAAAAAAGGCACUGGGUCAUCUGUGAACAAAAGACAGCAUGAUGUCCAGUGUGAACCUUUUUGUUAUUAAUAACAAUGGGAACUACUAAAAUAAAAGUUUAUAAAAUAAAAAUGACACUAGGCACUAUAACAUUUUUAACACUAUAUAAGUUUUUCACUAACUUGUUAUAUGGAUAGUCUAUAUAGUAUAUAUAUGGUAAUAUAUAUGGAGUAUCAUUAGCUAGAUUACACCAGUCAAACAGCCAUAAUCAUGCACUGUGUUGUGCAACGAAGAGGGACAUUUAGUAUUUUAUCUGAUUUAUUUAUUACCUCACAAUUGAUUCCAAACACCAAUAAUGUUAUUUAAACGUAAGUGAUUUCUACUUAUGUUUCUGUUGAUCAUGGUAUAAAUAUAAGGUUGUAAUUGUUAGGUGUGAUUAUUGGGGGGAGGUCGGCACAAGCCCCAACCCCACUCCCACAGGAAAGUAUGCCCCUAGUCAUUUUUAUUAUUACUAUUAAUUUAAAAAAAAAAGUCAUAUUUUAAUUUAAUGUUUUAAAAUAGCCACAAGACAAGUUAGUUCGUCUUCUUUUUAUUUAUUUUGAAGUUAAUACGACAAGACAAUCCAAAAUAUAUAUAUAAGUGCAGAGUCGUCCUUAAGACUCUCCUGUCUUAGGCAUUGCUUACUGAGCAUUCCAAAAGUGCUGACUCCUGAAACUGCUUCCAUAAACGUUUUAUAAACACCUCACUGCAGAAAACACCAUAUCAGCAAUUAUAUGUAUUUCUUUUUAAAAUAAAAGCACAAAAUCUAUUUAUCCUUAGUCUUAGAUUGUUUAUACCAUUCAAGUGCCUGUGAAUUAGCUGUUACUAAGUAAUUAAUAUAGACCAAGCACAUUAAUGUAAAUCUGUGAUUUCUCUUCCAGACAUCGAUCCUAUAGUGCAGAAUAAACUGUCAAUUUAGUAUUUUAUUCGGAGAUACCUGUUUAUUAGCUCAGUGUGCUGGCAAAUCACUGUAUUGUCACUGUUAUAACUUCUGGGAAUGAUUUCCAGCAGAGUUUCAAUACUAAACAAACUGCUAACUUCUAAAUUCCUCUCCUCCUUAGAUCAGCUGUGUAUGAGCCAAACAAUCUAGCAAUUGGCAUUGGCAUUAUUGGUCCAGUUGCAAGAUUGGCUUUCUGUAGAUAAAAAUAAACGUCUGGCAGGAGCAAAUCUUGACUAAAUAGAUUGUGGGUAUUACCUUCUAUUCUGAUAUUCAUCUUUUGCUUUUCCUAUAGCAGAGUUUCCAGUAUUAGUUCCAUUUUUUC